GGACCAAAAACGCUCUCAAUAGCAGCAGCAGCAGCAGCAGCAGCACAAUGACGAACACAGAUAAAUGUCUGGCUACACACUGGAGAUCUGCACAGCCGUUACCGCCACAACCUCUGUACAUUUUGAGCACAAGAGCCUCUGAUUGUGUUUCUGAAGUGGCAGUGGAUCUGCUUUUCUUUCAGAUGACUGAAAUGGCAACAGAAUCGAGAUGAGUUGAACUCAAAAGCCCCAUAGGGUUGAAGUGGAUCUAUUGCUUUUUUUUGCAGUUGGUUUUAAUGGAAGAAAGGAAGACAUGUGUAUUUCUUGAGACAACUGAUCUAUCAUUCAGUAAGCUUUUUUUCUUCUACAUGACAACUGAUCAGCAGGAUGACUGAAAGGGUCGCAUAGUGUUUAACACUUUUCAUCUUAGCCCAGUUUUCUUUUUCAAACACUGCAAGCUGUGACAUGACUGACUGAUGUAUUCAACCCCUCAACAGCACAAUAUGGGAAUUGAUCAACAGGAGUCUUACGGUGAUGACGUCCUUGUCUACCAUAAGAACAAAAUGUCAGGCUGGCCGCCCCCUGGCCCGGGCUCCUGGGGUGGACUGCAGGGGCCUCCAUACAGUUGGGACAGCAUGACCAACACCAGGGAGGGACGGGACUUCCUCACCAACCAAGUGUCCCAGUGCAGCUCCCUGGAGGAGGUUCACCUGGAUGGGGUCCCCCCCGCACCUCGCCUGGUAGAGAUGAGACGGGACCCAGUCUUGGGCUUUGGUUUUGUGGCAGGCAGUGAGAAACCAGUGGUGGUCCGCUCUGUCACACCAGGUGGUCCAUCAGAGGGUAGGCUGUUGCCAGGUGAUGAGAUCAUCAUGAUCAACGAUGAACCCGUCAGCUCAGCUCCUAGAGAGCGAGUCAUCGACCUCGUCAGGAGCUGCAAAGAAUCCAUCAUGUUGACUGUUGUCCAACCGUUUCCCUCCCCUAAAUCAGCGUUCAUCAGUGCAGCCAAAAAAGCCAUGCUCAAGUCCAAUCCGGUCAAAGUGCGCUUUGCAGAAGAGGUCAUUGUAAACGGCCAGGUUCCAAACCCGGUGAAGGACAACUCUCUUCUGUUCAUGCCAAAUGUCCUGAAGGUCUAUCUGGAGAACGGGCAGACAAAGUCUUUUCGCUUCGACAGCAGUACCUCUAUCAAGGAUGUGAUCCUGACCCUGCAAGAGAAGCUGUCAAUCAAAUGCAUCGAGCACUUCUCCCUGGUGUUGGAGCACAGGACGGAAGGCUCUGGAAGCAAACUGCUUCUCCUGCAUGAACAGGAGAUGCUUACUCAGGUGACACAGAGGCCUGACUGUGACAAGAUGAAGUGUUUCUUUAGGAUCAGCUUUGUGCCCAGGGACCCUGUGGAGCUGCUCCGGAGAGACGCUGUGGCGUUUGAAUACCUCUAUGUACAGAGUUGUAACGAUGUGGUCUUGGAACGGUUCGGCCCGGAGCUGAAGUACGAUGCUGCGCUACGAUUGGCUGCUCUGCAGAUGUACAUCCUAACCAUGACAACCAGACAAAGCCAGAAGGUCUCCCUAAAAUACAUCCAAAAGGAGUGGGGGCUGCCACUGUUUCUGCCUCCUGCCGUGCUGUCCAGCAUGAAGGAGAAAAACAUCAAGAAGGCUCUGACACACAUACUGAAAACCAACCAAAACCUUGUGCCUCCAGGGAAAAAACUGACCGCGCUACAGGCCAAGGUGCACUACCUGAGGUACCUCAGCGAACUCAGACUUUAUGGAGGGAGGGAGUUCAAAUCAAUACUUUUGCAAGGCGAGAAGCAGACAGAGGUGACGCUGUUGGUGGGCCCCCGUUACGGCAUCAGUCAUGUCAUCAACACCCGGACCAACCUAGUGGCCCUGUUGGCCGACUUCAGCCAUGUCAACCGCAUAGAGAUCCUCACUGAGGAUGAGACCAACGUCCGACUGGAGCUGCAUGUUCUGGAUGUCAGGCCCAUCACACUGAUCAUGGACUCCAGUGAUGCAAUGAACCUUGCCUGUCUAACAGCAGGGUACUACCGCCUCCUAGUGGAUUCAAGGAGAUCUAUCUUCAGCAUGCCCCACUCCAAUAGCACAGGAGGGGAUGACAAUAGACAGGAUCGUGUCUUGGAAUGGCCAUACAGCACAUCUUUGGGGGACAACGAGGAGCCAUCACCCAGCCACGAAGAGGUCUACAACAGGGACUCUGAGUAUUCAGACAAUGGACGGAGAGAAAACAGCAUCUCUCCUUACUUCCAGGAAUCCCAAAACCCUGACAGAGACCUUGGGACAUGGAGAAGUCCGUUGCCCCCUCCUCUACCCCCAGCUACCAGACACAAACCUCAAGACUCACCUCGGAGCUCCAAAGUGUCAUUUAUUUUUGGUGGGAACCCACCCUUGAACCAGCCAAAGAACAUCGGCUAUGAAAGACUGUUGGAGAGCCCCGAGGUACCCGAGCACAGACCACCCUACUUGCACAACAACACAGCCUGCCGUCCACAGGACAUGGUGCCGUUUCAGUUCAGUGGUCUAACGCAUGUCUAUAGUAACAUUAUAACUGAGGAAGGCGGUGAGGAGCCACUGCUAAGGGAUCUGUUUUAUCGUGACACAACAGACGAUGCGGAGGAUGAUGAUGACGCUUCCGGCGAAGAAGACUCUGCAGGAGGGACACCAGUCGGUGAUGACAGCGGAGGUGGGGAUAAAAACUGUGGAAACCAAGGAGAAGGGUUAGCCACUGCAGCUGGCAAAGCCUCCUUCCUUGUGCUUUCAGCUUCUACAGAUGACAUCAUCGACCUGACGUCGCUGCCUCCUCCCGAGGGAGACCAGAGCGUUGACGAGGAUGACGACGACACACUGCUUCAGACACUCAACCUAGCAAUUGCAGCUCCGCCACCAGGCUUUCGGGACAGUUCAGACGAGGACACUGCGCCGGAGGGAAGGCCGCUAAGCACACGUGACAAUGAUGACAUCCCAGUAUCGUUAAUUGAUGCUGUUCCAACACACGGGGAGGGGGAAGGCAGCAUGGGAGGGGAGAGAAGGCUGGACAAUGCAGUCAUGAAUACUCUACAGGCACUGGAGGCUCUGUCUGUCUCCGAACAGAGGCCUCCGCCCCCACCACCACCACCCAACAGGAACAAUCCAGGUGUUUACACGUCUCAAGGCCUCAGCCAAGAGUCGUCCUCUGAUUCUGGCAAUGAGACCAACUCCUCAGAGAUGACUGAAAUCUCAGAAUUGGCUGCUACUCACAGGCUCAAUGAGAGCCACAUGCGUCUUCUGGUGGCCACAAGGGAAGGGUACCAACCUUUACUUGAGGAAAAGACAGAAUUUCCCAUUUUACCCAGCACAGCAGGAACAAUCCAGAAGAAAGCCCGUAGUCCAACACGACACCUUCAACCUCCAGCAGUUCCUCCAAGACGAAGCCCCCUAUUGGACACUGCAUCAUCAGGGCCGGACAGCUUGGUGGUGAGGUCCCAGACUAACCUCUCAUGCACUCUACAGCGCCCAAGUUCCACCACACCAGGAGGCAAGCAUCACAAAAAGUCUGCAGACUCAAGUGGGAAGUACAACACCUUCAGCACAAGGGAAGGGCAUCGGGGGGAGAGUGGUGGGAGCUGCUGCCAUCUUGAAAUGGAGCAGCGAACUUCAUUCUGUGAGAGAGGGGAGAGUCAAACAAGACAGAGUUCUUUUUUGGAAGAAAAUCCUGUUGCUGAUGGCGCAAUGAACAAUCUCCCCAACGACCAUCACAGACUCCCCCGCCCUUCCUCCACUACCUCUGAUCGCCUGUUAGAUGUUGCCAACUCGGGGGACUGUGGUGCAGAUAGUGGCACUGCAGCUGCUGAGCAAGAUGAACAUCUAGUUGUAGCAUCAUUGCUGUCCCCAACCAAAACAUCCAGAUCAGAGGGGACCGACCAGGGAUCGGACAUACAAAAUGAUCAUCUGCCGAUUUCUAGACAGCAGAGUGUUGCACGGUUGUGUGAAUACCAUCUAGCAAAAAGGAUUUCAAAUUUGCAAGGAGAAACCCACAGUUCACUACAGGGUUCUCUGUGCUCAUCAUUGGAUGCUGGUGGCAGCACGAACAGUAGUGCCUGUGCCACCCCGACUGACUCACCUCUUGCCCCUGGUGCGGUUGAAUCAAAACGACAUCGCUUGCAAAGGCACCCACUUUCUAAUUCCUCCUCCUCAUUACUCAGAGUGCUAAACUAUGAAGAUAACAAACCUGGAAUUCCUCGUGGCAUCCCUAGCCAGAGCACUCCAGGAAAGGACCUCCACCCUCAUGCAGACCCUGCCCUCCUUCGGAAAAUGCUGCCCAACAUUUACCCUCCUGCUGCUGGGGCUGAACCAGGCCGGCCCUCCUCAGCCACACCAUCUAAGCAUAAAGAGACCACAGGUACUGGGAGCAAGAGGCCCCACAAUGAUCUGCAUGCUAAACAACAGGCCUGUUUCAAGGGCCUGAACCAGAAGGAAGGCAGUGAGGCCUACAGACAACUAAUUAACUAUCUAACAGUCAGCCAGAUGCAUCAGGGAGGGAAGCUGCACAGUGCAGGCAUGGGAGGGGCAGUAAAAAAGGAUACCAGGCGCUUUAUCACUAGUAACCCUCAGCUUGUCGAAAUGGUUAAGAAUAGGGGGAACACCAUUGCUCGUUGCCCAUGUAUGCCUUCCUCCAUAUCAUCCCCAUUCCUCAGCCCAAAUUUAGUAAACCCUACUGCCACCCCAGUGCAGCUGGCAAAUAAAAAUCUACAGACAUACCAUUCUGCAACACUACCUGCCAAACUCAAAAGAAGUUCUGACAUGCAUGCUCAGAGACUGAAUGACAUGAAUGAGAGUUUAGAUUUCAGGCGAGCUACUGCCGAGAGGAGAAGCUCUUUUUCUGGCUUGGAAAGUGAACUAGAGAGGAGUGGUAUGGACCCAGAGCACUUCCUGUCACUGUAUAAGAGAGAGGGCUGUAUCAGUCGUGAUAGGGCAUUCAUUACUGGUGGAAACCGUGAGGGUGGGGGUAACACUAACCGUCCUCCACCUCGGUCAAGAAGCCAACCUAGUAGCAGCACUGAGGACUGGUUCAGAUCAGACCCGAGGGCAAAGCAUGCAGUUCGUCAGUCUCCUCAGUCUCGUCCUAAUGAUUCUCUUUGUUUCUCUGCUGCCCCCAGUGUAAGUGGCCAACGAGCAGAACUCAACACCAUCUCACUAGGAAGAGGAGACCACCCUUCUGCUUUUAUUAGGCAGACAUCUACUGGCACUAGGGCUUGCAUUACAUCUCCGAUUCCCAACCCACAAUCUCCUCCACCUCCCCCACCACCACCACCACCACCACCUCCUCCACCUCCUUUGUCUCUUAUCUCAAAAGCCAACUCUAGCUUCAGCAAAUCGGAAUGCUUGCAGGAUACCAUCCAUUCAGUCCAGUCCCGGCAAAACCACGUUCAGGCUGUUAACCCAACCAUGCAGCAGACAGAUCACUUCUGCAAUAGCCUGCAACGGGGACGGGAGCUAAAGCGCAGCUCCAGCAACGUGACUGCCAGCUCUGGUAGUGUGGAGGUUCUGUUUGAUAAGCCUGCUCGAAGCCGGAGCCAGCAGCCAUUGUCACCAUCUGUGCCCCAGCAAGGUGAGACCAAAGUCCAGCGGAGGCCAACAAGGAAACGGCUCUCCAAGAGCUACUCCCAGGGAUCUGUUUCUGCCCACACAUGCUGGUCUGCAGGCUGUACAGUAGACAGUAGAAGGGCGUCUGUGGCAUUUCCAUUGCAGAAAGAUGCUAAACAUAUGAAGGGCUCUCAAAAACUGGAUACCAGUCCCUGGAGAUGCAAUGGGCCUUUUAGCUAUUGUUUCUUUAAACGUAAGACUGAGGGAGAAGAGGAUGAGAUUGAGUGGGAAAGGCCCAGAAGAAGCCGUGGUGAGAACGAUAUUGAGAAUGGCGGUGCCACUGCAUCAGCCAUAUUGCCCUGUGGCUCGGCAGUGGAUGUAGCUGGUGAGCAGCUUUAUGGUGAGGUCCUCAACAACAUGAGCUUUAGCGACCGUCUCGCACGAAUCAAUGCACUCAAGGACCACAUGUAUGGCUUCCCUUCCGGCUUCAUUGACGUCCGCCGCGACGCCAGUGAGCUCAUUGCACUGGUGAGAUCCAGCAUAGGUCGCUGUGAUCGUGGACCCCAGAUGCCUCUCCAGAACGUAUCCCAGUUUAAGCAGCUCCUCUCUGUUGAGUCAAAAGAAUUAGGCCGGGCAUGUCGGAGGAUGGCACAGGCCCACAGUAGUCCUGAGGAGAUGCUGCUGGCUGUAACUUGUAGCUUUCAGGUGCUAUGUUGUCUCUGCGAAGCUUGUAUGUGUCUAGUUCGGGGGCUCGGAGCCUCAGCCUCACACCAACAGAGAGAGGUUGUGGCUAAGGUUGACGAGGUUGUCAUGAACUACAUCUGUUUACUCAAAGCUGCUGAGGCUGCGACCGUGGGAGCACCAGGGGAGCACAGCGUGAAAGCCCUGGUCCGCCACUCCAGUACCAUGUCGGCCAUAGCUAACGCACUCACCCGCUCCCUUAAAACGCUGCUUAGCAAGUAGAGCCUACUCUUUAUUCUUUAUAGUGUGGCCUACACAGUCGUUAGAAGUCUGUCUUUAAGCAUCUUGUUAUUUUGGGGUCUGCUGGAAAAGUCCUAUAUUUUUCAUAUAAGGUCUGGACAUCUCCAUAUCAAAAUCACAUCAAAUUGCAGUUGCCGUUAAAGUAUCAAAAAAAUGAAGUACGAUGCUGAAAAGCAGUCAUAUCUUACUACACUUGCUAUUUCUGAUGACAAUGUAAUUGUAUAUUUACAACGCCAUACUGUCACAGACCUUUGUAAUGAUAUGUACCUAAUAGAUACCCUUUUACCUGUGCAUUAUGUAACUUCUUUAAAAAAAUGUAUAUGAUGUACAUACAUACAAUAAUUAUAUUAUUUGCCGUAGCAGUUCCAAGAAGCCAGUGGGUGUUUAGUUUAAUUUGCUCUUAUAUUUUUCAGGGCUGGAGUGAAUUCAAUUUCAGUUCAAUCAGUUCAUUAAGUGCAGUUUUACUACAGAUAUUUAUAAUGUACAUGUAGAAUUAUAAGUAAACGUGUCACUGUCAGUCCAGUGAUAAAAUUGUUGCAUCAUUUUAUUCACAUGAUUCAACCUAAUCUGUGGUUGAAUUUCUGAAUGACUAUGUAAAAGUGUACUGAGAUCAGCCCUGUUGCGUAACAAUACAGCUUUCUUGCAAGAUGAGAGAAACUUUGGUGGAAAUUACUAUAAAAAUACUAUUUAUCUACCACUGCUUCAUAAUUAAUCACAUAGACUAUUUUCAGCUAAGAAUGACAAACAGUAAAUAGUAAACUAUCCCCCCGAAAA